CAAGUGGCAGAGCCGGACUUUGAAGCCAGGCCCGUCUGACUUUGGACUCGAUCAUUUCCUGCGUCAGCUCCUGUCUCCCUUCUCUACCCCCAGCUGCCCAGUGUGGACAAGAAAGCAUGGCCUUCCUCGGGCUUGGCACCUUUGUCAGGAGCUGGGGGACUGUGGGGAACAAGUGAAGCCUUGUUUCCUGCUGGGGGCAGGUGGUGUGGACAGCGAUGCCCAACGGCUGAGAGCUGCAGAUGUUCUAGAUGCAAGAGAAACUGGAGUGAUCUGGUCAUUUACCAAAACUCUCUGAAGCAAACCCUUGUGACAUCUCCAGACACUUUUCCCACCCCAAUCGGAAAGGUUAGUCUGAGAGUAUGGGAGUGCAAACAGGUUAGCAAAGAAGCCUCGAAGAAGGGGCUGGAGGAUUUGGCUGCUCUUUGCGCCCUCCUGGCAGCCCAGGGCCGUCCUGCUGGGUGUGUGCCCUGCACUAUGGACUCCCCGGGGUACAACUGCUUUGUGGACAAAGACAAAAUGGACGCUGCCAUCCAGGACCUGGGGCCCAAGGAGCUGAGUUGCACCGAGCUGCAGGAGCUGAAGCAGCUGGCACGCCAGGGCUACUGGGCCCGCAGCUAUGCCCUGAGGGGAAAGGUGUACCAGCGCCUGAUCCGGGACAUCCCCUGCCGCACGGUGACGCCCGAUGCCAGCGUGUACAGCGACAUCGUGAGCAAGAUUGUGGGCAAGCACAGCAGCAGCAGCCUGCCCUUGCCUGAAUUUGUGGACAACACGCAGGUGCCCAGUUACUGCCUGAACACACGAGGCGAGAGCGCUGUGCGUAAGAUCCUGCUGUGCAUUGCCAACCAGUUCCCUGACAUUUCCUUCUGCCCCGCCCUGCCCUCCGUUGUGGCCCUGCUGCUCCACUACAGCAUUGAUGAGGCCGAGUGCUUCGAGAAGGCCUGCCGCAUCUUGGCCUGCAACGACCCCAGCAAGAAGCUGAUCGACCAGAGCUUCCUGGCCUUUGAGUCUUCCUGCAUGACGUUUGGGGACCUGGUGAACAAGUACUGCCAGGCAGCCCACAAGCUGAUGGUGGCUGUGUCAGAGGAUGUCCUGCAGGUCUAUGCGGACUGGCAGCGCUGGCUGUUCGGGGAGCUGCCCCUCAACUACUUUGCUCGCGUCUUUGAUGUCUUCCUGGUGGAAGGUUACAAGGUGUUGUACCGAGUCGCACUGGCAAUCCUCAAGUUCUUCCACAAGGUGAGAGCUGGGCAGCCGCUCGAGUCAGACAACGUGAAGCAGGAUAUUCGCACCUUUGUCAAAGACAUCGCCAAGACCGUGUCUCCCGAGAAGCUGCUGGAGAAAGCAUUUGCCAUCCGUCUCUUCUCUCGGAAGGAGAUUCAGCUCCUGCAGAUGGCCAAUGAGAAAGCUCUGAAGCAGAAGGGUAUUACCGUCAAGCAGAAGAGUGUUUCACUUUCUAAAAGGCAGUUUGUGCACCUGGCUGUCCACGCGGAGAACUUCCACUCGGAGAUCGUCAGUGUGAAGGAGAUGAGAGACAUCUGGUCCUGGGUCCCUGAGCGGUUUGCCCUCUGCCAGCCCCUCCUGCUCUUCUCCUCACUGCAGCACGGGUACAGCCUGACCAGGUUCUAUUUCCAGUGUGAAGGACAUGAGCCCACCCUCCUGCUCAUCAAGACCACGCAAAAGGAGGUGUGUGGAGCUUACCUGUCAACAGACUGGAGUGAGAGAAAUAAGUUUGGAGGCAAACUGGGCUUCUUUGGGACUGGAGAGUGCUUUGUGUUUAGGCUACAACCCGAGGUCCAGCGCUACGAGUGGGUGGUCAUCAAACACCCAGAGCUGACCAAGCCAGUGUCCUUGGAGACCACCACCGCCGCAUCCCCACACUGCCACUCCAUAUCUUCAGACCCCGCUGACCGCCUCUCACCGUUCCUGGCUGCUCGGCACUUCAACCUACCAUCCAAAACCGAGUCCAUGUUCAUGGCUGGGGGCAAUGACUGCCUCAUCGUAGGCGGAGGGGGUGGCCAGGCGCUCUACAUCGACGGGGACCUGAACCGGGGCCGCACGGGCCACUGUGACACUUUCAACAACCAGCCCCUCUGCUCUGAGAACUUCCUCAUCGCUGCCGUGGAGGCCUGGGCCUUCCAAGACCCUGACACCCAGUAACAGGGCUGCGCCCAUGGUGAUCCAGCUGCCACUGUCAGAGCCUGAAGCUUCUGCUGGACCUCGUUGUGUGCUCACACCUGAAGAGGCUGCCCAGGGCAGCCCUGGGAGGGACCCUCUGCGACCAACCCCAAACCAGCCAGCUCCAUUUUCAGGAGCCUGCCCAGAGAAGCCUGGACCCAUGGAGCCUUCUUCAGCCCUCCUCCUUGCCAGCCUGGGGCCUCCUUAGCUCCCCUGCAGUCUCCCAAGCUGCCCCAUUUCACCUGCGUGUCACUGCAGUCACCUGGCCCCUGAGUUUCUGUCCAGACUCCUCAGCAUGGCGUGCUCGUUGCAUCCAGCCCUGCUCACCUCCCCUGUUGGGCCCCACACACCCAGGUGCCAGGCUGCACCCUCCCCAGCUCCCUGCCCAGGUGGUACCUUCACCACGCACCCCUCUGCAUGGCAUGUGUCCUCCCUCUGCGUCCCUCUCACAGCACCGUGAUUGGCCAUAUAGCAUGGAUUUCUUGUGCCACCACCUCUCCCCUUCCUCCCUGCCUUGCCUGGCCUGUGAACACUGCAGGGAGUGGCCUUCCUGCCCUGUGACCUCCCUCAGCUGGUCCUGAGGGCCUGGCCUCCCCGGAGGGAAGAAGGGAAAAGCAGACAGACACCCUAGCAGUCAUGCUGGGGCCAUGGUGUCCCCAACCCAAUUGGCACGUGGCUCCUGCCAGCCCCCUCGUGUCCCCACACACUCACCCCUGCCCAUCUGCACACUUUGCUUGCUCCUCCCAUGGGGCAUUCGUCCUCCCCUGCCCACCUACUCAGACCUCCUCUGAGCCAGGCCACGGUGCUACAGAAGGAAGGACCAGGAACCUUGUGUGGCUUUGGGCAAGCCAAUGAACCUGUCUCGAACUCAGUUUCCCCAACUGUAAAGUGGAGCCAGUCAUCCCGUUCUGCUGUUCCCACCCCUAUGGGACUAUCAAGAGACUCUGAGGGGGACAGAGUGAGUCCCUACCGAGGGGAGAGGUGCUGGGAGGCAGUGUUCGGCUCACCACCCCCAGGCCACUGCAGCCCUCGUUGCUCCCCCUUCCUCUCUGCCUCCACAGACCUCGCCUGUACUUUGGUGUUCAUUAAACACAGUCUCAUUCCAUGAACUCCAAGGGUCCAAGUCAGUCUCUUCAACCAGAGGGACCUCCAAGGGCUCCCUUGAGUCGUGCCACCAAAUAGGGUGCAGGAGGCUGCACCCCCGCGAUGCCUGUCAAUGCUUUGUCACUGGAUCUUUGAAGGCCUUUUAAAAACAGUGUUUUAGAAGUAGCUGAAGGUAUAUUCGAGCACCAUUUGUAUGGCUCCCUCUGCAAACUUCGUGAACUGGGAGACUAUUUUUCUGGUGAGUAAGUCUGGAGGAUUCUCUGUGGCUGCCCCAAGGGUCGUGCCAGGCCUUUGCCAAGAUCCAGCCCAGGGACGGCAGUUGCUACUCAGUCACAAUUUAUAUAUCAUGAGACCUGUGUGUGCAUGCAAAAGAUUCAGUUUAUUUGAAUUUCAUAUCUCCUUCCUUUUCUCCUAAAUCAAAAGGUAUGUGUGAUUAUUCUUUUAUUUCUCAUUAUUGUCCUUAUCUCAUAUUGUGUUCCAAAACAGAACAUAAUUUAUUUUGUUAAUGUUCUCUACUAUUUCUUCAUGAUUAUUUAUUAUUAGCUUUUGACGUUAAAAAUUAGCCAAAGUUUUAUGAAUUGCAUAGUGAAUUAUCAUUUGUUUUUCUAGAAAUAUGUAAAGGUUUAUUUUAAAAACAAAAAAUUGGACAUAGUUGAAAUCAGUUCAUUAAAUUAAAUGAUUCGUUAAAGUGGACUGUAUGCCUUUAGGGCUUCAGAAAAUCAGUUUUUCAAAAAUAAUUUGUAAUCCAAGAGUAAGUCAUUUGUAUUUUAUGAAUUUUUCAGAGUUUUAAUUAUUGAAUUAAACUUAGUAUUUCAAUUUUUCCUAUUUUUUGUAAGCUGCAUGCUUAUGUUUUAAAUUUUUCUGGGCAAUUUGUUUUAGAAAAUUCUGAAGAUUUCAGAAGGUCUUCAAAUUUCUCUUAUCCAUUUUCUGAAGCCAUAACGCCUUUAUAGUCUCCUCAAGUGUUUUAUAUUUAAUAGGUUCAGUUUUUGUAACUUUUUACUUUGAAAUAACUUCAGAUUCACGGAGGAGCCACGGGAUGGCGUGGCGUUCCCAUACGCCCUCCCCAGCUCCCCGUAUUAACGUUGUGUAUCGAAACAAAGAGAUUAACGUUGAUAUAAUGCGUUAACUUAAAUUACAGUCUUUAUUCAGAUUCACUUUUUCUACAGUCUUUUUUUCUGUUUCAGGAAUGGAUUUAAUUUUUUUUUUUUUAAAGAUUGGCACCUGAGCUACCAUCUGUUGCCGACCUUCCUCUU